CGCUCCCUUUGCUUUGUAGAGGCAAAAGACUCUAAUGUCUACCGACGGCUGUUGAGUGUUGACCAUGUUGUACAUGUACGUGUUUUGUGGAAUUCAAACCGGUCGCCGGCCUCUUGGCGACGGAAGGCUUCCCGUUGAAUACAACCGCGGUCACCCGCGGGUGACACUUGUCUUUGCCGCGCUAAGAGGCCGCAACGCGGCAAGAGCGAGGGACGGCCAGAGUUUCCCAUCCCCGUCCCAAUUUCCCGAUCAGCUUGUUCAAGACCAAGAGACUGCUGCCAUCCAGGAAGGUGACAAGGAGGAGGGAAGGCAGUGACACAUGCCUCGGCCAAGCUGCCAUAGCCGGGAACGUGCGGUAUUGCUGUGCAAGAGUUCUGCAACCAGUUGCAUCUCUCUGCUGCCUCCCACGUUUGCUUUCCUCCUUCAAUCAUUUUGUU